GGAGCAUUCAAAUUCUGCCAGUUGGAUAUUUACAUCACAGAUUACCAUUUUCUGGACACAAUGCUGAUCUUCGUGCUAUAUGGCUGGUCUGCCAUUCCCCUCAUGUACCUGCUGAGCUUCUUGUUUACUAGAAGUACUUCUGCCUACAUCAAACUUGUCCUAUUCAACUACCUUUCAGGCAUUUUCAGUCUCCUCAUAGAUGCCACACUUCAAUUCGAAGUUCAACAUAAGAUGUCAAAAACCACCAGAGCCUUCAUACUUAACUCAUUACUGUUCUUUCCCAAUUACAACCUUGCAAAGUGUAUCAGUGACUAUUUUACUUUCUACCAGAUAAAGAAAUGGUGCUCUGGAAAUAAGCCUCCUAUCUACCUAAAUUGUAGUAAAGAAAAUACUGCAAAGAAUUUUUAUUCUUUGGAAGAGAAAAUGAUUGGAAAGUACAUGAUUAUAAUGAGUAUCACAGGCUUUAUUUGCCUUCUCUUCAUUUUCUUUUUGGACACUACUUUGUGGAAGCUAAGAACAUUUUUCAAUCAAUAUAUUUACUUUGGUAUCUAUAAGACACUCAAGAAGGUAAUGCAUUGCUUUUCUUUGGCUGUCUUUGAGUUUAUCGUUAUCUUUGGUUUCCAUCAGUCUGACUAUGAUGUACCAAGGCAUGAUGCCAACUUGGCUAAGCCAGAACCUUAUCUGCCAGAAUCUUCUUCCCUGUAUUAUUCCGAUUUAGAGUUG